AUGGCCGAGGAGGGAGCGAAGAAGGCGACGCCGGCUGACGUUGCGGAGGAGAAGGCCGUCCUCCCGCCGCCCCCUGGGGCCAAGGACAAGACGCCGCCGGCCGGUGAUGAGUGCAAGGCUCUGAUCAUCGUCGAGGAAGUUGCCGAAAAACCUCGUGCUGAGAAGAAGAAAACACACAGGGGCUCACUUGAAAGAGAUGUUGCUCUUGCGAAGGUGGAAACGGAGAAGAGGGGCUCUUUGAUCAAAGCAUGGGAAGAGAACGAGAAGGCAAAAGCUGAGAACAAGGCCGCUAAGAAGUUGUCGUCUAUUCUCGCAUGGGAGAACACAAAGAAGGCAACCAUAGAUGCCCAGCUGAAAACGAAGGAACUAGAGUUAGAAAAGAAGAAGGCCGAAUACGCUGAGAAGAUGAAGAACAAAAAGGCAAUCGCCCACAGGGAAGCUGAAGAGAAGAGAGCAAUGGCAGUGGCUCGGCGUGGUGAAGAAGUACUCAAGGCCGAGGAGAUGGCAGCGAAGUACCGGGCGACCGGGCUAAUUCCGAAGAAACUCCUCGGGUGUUUUGGGGCAUAA